AUGCACGCUGAGACUGGACGCUGGUUGAACUGGAUUGCGUUUCCCAUUUCACACGGAACGGUCAGUUGUUGUAUACAUCCUACGGUGGAGUCUGGCCUGGCGACGGCGAACACAACGACGACGGCUACCACAGUCCUUGUCAUUGUCGUUGCUACCGUGUACAUCACCAGCACAACAGUGACUACUCGAGCAUUUGUCAGAUGCCCAACCGGCACAUUUGUUGCUCUGUUUGCAACACUUCUUACCAGUUUGGUAGUGUCCACCACACUUGUCCGAUUUCACGUCACCGCAAGCCCCUUGGGCGCGGGAGUAGGGCUGCGAGAAGGCCACGGCGCACGAGAUAUACUUGGCGUGGGUGAGACCCUGGGUGCCUUAGAGGUGGAAGGUGAGGCAGAAGCUGCAGCAGACCUAGAGGGUACUGCAGACGAUGACGGCACCAUGGAUCGUGAAGGGUUUGCCGAUGGGAUCACCGAUGUAGAUGGCGAGGUUGCCGGCUUCACCGAUGACGAUGGUUCACAAGAGGGCGAUGGUUUAUGUGGUGUAGAUGGGGUAGCUGACGAAGCCGAACUCUUGGACGACGAUGGUGUUCUGGACGGAGACGGUUCUUUUGUCCUGGACGGUGUUCUCGAUGGAGAAGGUUCCAUUGUGCUGGACGAUGUUCUCGAUGGAGAAGGUUCCAUAGUACUGGACGGUGUUCUUGAUGGAGAAGGUUCCAUUGUGCUGGACGAUGUUCUCGAUGGCGAAGGUUCCAUUGUGCUGGACGGUGUUCUCGAUGGCGAAGGUUCCAUAGUACUGGACGGUGUUCUUGAUGGAGAAGGUUCGAUAGCACUGGUCGGUGUUCUUGAUGGAGAAGGUUCCAUUGUACUGGACGGUGUUCUCGAUGGAGAAGGUUCCAUAGUACUGGACGUUGUUCUGGAUGGAGAAGGUUCCAUCGUGCUGGACGGUGUUCUCGAUGGUAAAAGUUCUAUAGUACUGGACGGUGAUCUCGAUGGAGAAGGUUCCAUAGUACUGGACGGUGUUCUCGUCGGAGAGGGUUCUAUAGAACUGAACGGUGUUCUCGAUGGCGAAGGUUCCAUAGUACUGGACGGUGUUCUCGACGGAGAAUGUUCCAUAGUAUUGGACGGUGUUCCUGACGGAGAAGGUUCCAUAAUACUGGACGGUGUUCUUGAUGGCGAAGGUUCCAUAGUACUGAACGGUGUUCUCGUCGGAGAGGGUUCUAUAGAAUUGGACGGUGUUCUCGAUGGCGAAGGUUCCAUCGUGCUGGACGGUGUUCUGGAUGGCGAAGGUUCCAUAGUACUGGACGGUGUUCUAGACGGAGAAUGUUCCAUAGUACUGGACGGUGUUCUUGACGGAGAAGUAUUGGACGGUGUUCUCGAUGGCAAAGGUUCCAUUGUACUGGACGGUGUUCUCGAUGGAGAAGGUUCCAUUGUGCUGGACGGGGUUCUUGAUGGAGAAGUUUUCAUGGUACUGGACGGUGUUCUCGAUGGCGAAGAUUUCAUUGUGCUGGACGGUGUUCUUGAUGGAGAAGGUUUCAUGGUACUGGACGGCGUUCUUGAUGGAGAAGGUUCCAUUGAGUUGGACGGUGUUCUCAAUGGAGAAGGUUCCUCAGUACUAGACGGUGUUCCUGACGGAGAAGGUUCCAUAAUACUGGACGGUGAUCUUGAUGGCGAAGGUUCCAUAGUACUGGACGGUGUUCUCGAUGGAGAGGGUUUCAUAGUGCUGGACGGUGUUCUUGAUGGAGAAGGUCUCAUGGUACUGGACGGUGUUCUCGAUGGAGAAGGUUCCAUAGAACUGGAAGGUGUUCUCGAUGGAGAAGGUUCCAUAGUACUGGACGGUGUUCUCGAUGGCAAAGGUUCCAUAUUACUGGACGCCAUUGGACGUUUGUGCGAAAAAGAUGACGGCAAAUGCGUAGUGUGUGACUCAUAUGUGCGUCCAGCUACGCUCGUGCGUAUAUGCGACGAGUGCAACUACGGGUCAUACCAGGGCCGUUGUGUGAUCUGCGGAGGUCCGGGGGUGUCUGAUGCUUAUUAUUGUAAAGAAUGCACGAUACAAGAAAAGGACCGAGAUGGAUGCCCGAAAAUUGUGAAUCUGGGAAGCUCUAAAACGGAUCUCUUCUACGAGCGGAAAAAAUAUGGAUUCAAAAAUCGGUAG